AUGGAGGAUAUUGAAAAAAAUAUUGAACAAUAUUUAGAAAUUGAGGAAUUGGAAGAUAAUAAAUUAAAAGAGAAUAAAUUGGAAAAAAAUAAAUCAGAGAAGGAUGAAUCAGAGGAGAAUAAAUUAGAGAAGAAUGAACUAGAGAAAGAUGAAUUAGAAAAGAAUAAAUUGGUAGAGAAUAAGUCAGAGAAAGAUGAAUCAGAGGAGAAUGAAUUAGAGGAGAAUGAAUUAAAGAAUUUAUUAUUUUCUAAUAAUAAUGAAGAUAUAAAAGAAAUAAUUAUUCAAUUGUGA